GAUCCUUGCUCUCAUGCAGCCUGCCGUCUAGUUGGGCCGUAUAAACAAAUGAGAAGCUAAAGCCAGGUGGUGGUAAAUGCUGUGAAAACCAACACGGACAGUGGGAAGAAGGGCUGUGGCUAACCCGAAUCCAGCACACAUGGUGUCUUCCCGUAGAGUUCACAGUCUAGGGGUCAUUGGAGGAUUGUGUAUGCAAAUCACCCUAACGGGCCAACAGUCUUCUUAAAGAACAGCUGUUCAGUUCAACAAGGAUUACGUGUGAACUCGAAAAGUCCUUUCGCGUAUAGUGAGUCAUUGCGAUUCAGCGUGGGGAGCAGAGGAGACACAGGUGGCCACUGGUCCCUGCCAAGCAUCCUGGAUGAAGAAGGGAAAGGCUGUGUUACAGCUGGGAUGGAGGGCAAUGCCGAGUACAUCCUCCCCACCGAAACGAGAUACGUCGGGGAGAUGAAGGACGGCAUGUUUCACGGCAAAGGAACCCUGUUCUUCCCCAGCGGGAGCCGAUAUGACGCCGUCUGGGAGAAGGGCUUGGUCGUGGAGGGCACGUACACCUUCGAGGAUGGGCUGAAGUACGAGAGCAAGCACUGGCACUACUGCGACAGCUAUGACCGGAGGUUUUACACCGAAAUCUGCCACGGCUUGAAGCCUGCAGUGAUCUCGCAACUCACCAACUUGGACCCACCUAGAAAAAUCCCCAAGGGCUGUUACGACUGUGGAGAUGGCUUCUACAACCCGAUCACACGGGUAGUCAAGGACUACAAGAACCGCUUCCUGAGAAACGCAGAUGAUGACGAGCACGAGUGGAUCGUGCGGACGUGUCGGAAGGGCUGGGACCAGAUCGUGGGCCGCUGCAUCCAGCUGUGAGCUGUGCAGCUGCCUCCGUCAGAGGCUUCCACCCGCCCGGCUCGCAUUGGCCGCCCAAGGCGGGGCAGGCUGUAGUUCUAGAACCUGGCUUUUGCCUAAGGAAUAAAAGCUUUCUGCACCCUGUG